AAACUAAGGAACCACCAUGUCUGAAGGGGACUAUGAUUACCUCAUCAAGUUCCUAGCCCUGGGUGACUCCGGUGUGGGGAAAACCAGCUUUCUGUACCAGUACACCGACUGCAAGUUUAACUCCAAGUUCAUCACUACAGUGGGAAUAGACUUCAGAGAAAAAAGAAAGGUGUACAAUUCAAAAGGUCCAGAUGGAACUUCAGGCAAAGGACAGAAGAUCCACUUGCAGCUGUGGGACACUGCAGGACAGGAGAGGUUUCGAAGUUUGACGACUGCUUUUUUCCGAGAUGCGAUGGGUUUCCUCCUCCUGUUUGAUCUGUCAAAUGAGCAAAGUUUCCUCAACGUCAGAAACUGGAUGAGUCAGUUACAGGUUCACGCUUAUUGUGAAAAUCCAGAUGUGGUUCUGUGUGGCAACAAAUGUGACCUGUCGGAUCAGAGAGCGGUCAGUGAAGAUGAAGCUCGUGAACUGGCAGAGAAAUAUGGAAUCCCAUACUUUGAGACGAGUGCUGCGAAUGGGCAGAACGUGAACGAGGCCGUGGACUUCCUGCUGGAUCUCAUCAUGAAGAGGAUGGAGCGGUGUGUCGAUAAGUCCUGGAUCCCAGACGGAACCGUCCACACUAACGGACCCACCAACUUGGACCUCUCAGAGGGCUCAGACCGAGGCAGAUGCGCAUGUUAGAGUAAAUUGGGUUUCACAUAGUAUUGCAGAAAAAAAGAGAAAUAUCCAAGUAUAAGAAAACGGGAGUUUUGUUUUGAAGCUCGUCUUGAUCUACAUCAUCUGUGGUAUUUGCCCCACAAAGCAGCAAGUUACAGGUUUGUCAGGGCAAGGGUUUGUGGAUGGUUUAUUUUGGUUAGGUGUGAGGUAUUUAUUUUUUUAUGAUGCCUACCGUACAUAUUUGGUUUCUUUCAUCAAUGCUGAACUGUUCUCUAUGGAGCAGUGAGCCAGCAGGCUAAUUAGCGCUUAAGUUUGAUACGCCCGACUUUUUCAAUGGGUGAAGUUUCAGGAACCUUCAGGUCACCACUUAUGUGCCACUAAUUCUUUACCAAGUGUCUUAUUUCAUGCUGUAAUCUCACCAGAGCUAGGAGACCUAUAGAUCUCACUGUUCAUUCAGUUUGCUAGGGGACGUUUUUAUAAGUGCACUUUUGCUAACAUUACAAAAAAAUUCAGAUAUCAGAAAUAAAUAUGUUAAAAAAAAUAGCCUAGUUGUUUCAAAUUCCGAAAGUACAUAUUUUGACCAACUCCAUCCUUUCUUUCAAGUCUGAAACAUUAAUUUACAGCCUCUCGUUAUUUUUUAAACUGAGUUCCUUUUGUCUGGGAGAUCUGCCUUCUGAUCAAAUACACACUAAAACAGAAGAGGACCAAAUGAUGACAUUUCAGAUAGCAGAGAUAACAUUCUUCUAUAAAAAGGACUUGAAUAGGUUACAUUUGCAUCCUUCAGAACUUAAUUUUGUGGAUAUCUUCCUAGAAUGCAUCCAGUUUAAUUUCAACAAAGUUUGCUGUUCUCAGGAUUGUCUUUUUCACGUAUCAAUCAGCUGGUCCAACCUUUAAAUACAGUAUAAUACUCCUUUAGUUUAAGAGUUCAUAAAAACUUGCCAAAAUUUUUAAGGUGAAACUGUUGUGGAGGUUCAUAAAAAUGACUAUUUGUAUUAAUCAGCUGAUAUAAUGUGACUUCAGGGAUAAAGGAACUUUUACUCUGAGAUGUGAUGUUCGUUACCUUUACUAGAAGACCACUUUGAUGACAAAUUAGUGAAUUAUUCAAUAGUUGUUUACUUAAAAUGUGCCGGGUUGCUGAAUGGGUUUAUUUUCGAAAACUAAGAAGAUGAAGUGUUGCUUUAUAAAAAAGCCAGUUGCUAUGGGUCUGUAUAUUAGUUUACUGUCACUGUCAGUCCUACUGAUCUUUUUCUAAUGUUUUACAAAAGUCAUAAACACUGGAUUAACAGGAUUUAAAAGUUAAACACGCUUACACUUUCCUGCAGCAGCUCUACUGUGGUUGCAGACUUUGCCUUAUUGAUGCUUGCCUCUUUUCUCCUGUUAAAGAGUAGAUGUAGUGUUUUAAACACAAUUGUAUUCUGAUUUUCCGUCCAUGAAUUUAAAUCUUUGAAUAUUUUUCAUUAAGAAUAGAUGUUAUAUUGGUUAGUCUGAAGUAUAUGAUGCAUGCUGUCACUUGUGCCACGCUUUCAUAUUAAAAUGUGUAAGUUAUAUGUCCAAAAUAAAUAAAUUCUAUUUAUGUGAA